CAUGCCGGUGGGGAGGCCGUGGGUAUUUCGAGUUUGGAAUUAAUUUUUAUUGUUAAGAUCGGAACUAUACUCCAGCCGCAGCUUUCUGAAUUCAAACGGGUCCUUUACCUUACUAAGCCCUGCCGUCCAAUACAAGAAAUGUAUUGAAAAUACAAGAUGGUGUUGAGAGGAACCGCUGGCAGCAAACGAAUUUUUCUAGGAGGUGUUUAAAAGGAGAAGUGGGACUGCAAAAUCCGCUUCCAGAUUAGUUUGGAGGAUUAUCUGGGCUUCGAGCCAAUUUUUUAAUUUUUAAAUAUAGCCCAAACAGGUCUUUUUUUUCCCAAGGAAAUCGAAGUGGGGUCCCUUACUAUUAUACUCAUGACUGGGAACCUAGAAACUCCACUAGUAAAAUUGUGACUUGAAACUAGGUGUGUGUUAGUAGUGAAUUCUUUUUUUUUUUAUUUUAGUAAUAGUAAUUUUAAUUCUCUAUUCAUCAGUAGUUGACAGUAUUUAUUGAUAGGUGUGAGAAGUACCGGUAUGUAGAGUUGCUUUUCAGACAGUUUGGGAGCUAAAAGUGUGUUGUAUUAGUCGACAUACUUAACUAGAAAGUUAUUAAAUGUUAAUUGAAUGAUUAAUGUACUGUGAUUUAAACCGGGGUUGUGCAUCUAAUGAAGAAGAUUUUUCGAGUUGUCAUUUGAAGGUACAUAUUUAAUGAUUCAUCAGCUAAGCUGAACAGCCAUUUUGGUCUUUGAAAAAUGAAAUAUUUUUCUGAAGUAAGUUAUUGAGAAGGGCCCUCAGUUAUUCGUUUUAUUUCUUUUGUAUGUUCCAUAUGAAUUGAAAUUCCAUAUGAAAAGUAUCUCCAAAUAUUUAUAAAUAAUCUGUUUCCUUUUGUUCAUUUCAGGGUAAGACUGAAUUCUCUUUCUCUUGUCAGCAAUUUUCAAAAUGGCUGACACUCGAAUAUGUGGACCUUGUUUUUCUUUCUGGAAAAGAUUAAGAAUAGGAAUUUAUAAACUACGACAUUUUAAAGCAUUUUUACAUUUCUAUUAUAAAUAAACCAAAUUAUUUGAAGUGCAAAAACCAAAGUCUCAAAAAAGAAAGUGAUGAGAAAAACUUACUGUCUUAUGAUCUUCUUCACAGUGUUAAGUUGCAAUUCAUGAAGGUUAAAAUUCCACUGAAAAUGAUCAGGACAGUGAGGGAAGUAAAAUCCCAGGUGAUGAUGCUGGGCAGCACGCAGGUGGCCGAGCUGCUGCUGCGGCGCGGAGCUGACCCCAACCGGCCCGACCCGCGCACCGGCUGCCUCCCGGCGCACGACGCGGCCCGCGCCGGCUUUCUGGAGACGCUGGCGGCGCUGCACCGGGCCGGGGCGCGCCUCGACCUGCCCGACGGCCGCGGCCGCCUGCCCCUCGACGUGGCGGCGGGGGGCCCGCACGGAGCGGUGGGGCGGUACCUGCGCGACCCGCCGCCCCUUCCCGGAGCCGGGAGCGCCGCCGAGAGGGCUGCGCGCUGACCCGCCCCUCCGCUCCCUGUCCCCCAGUCCCCUGUCGCCCAUCUUCGCCGCGAGUAUCCCUGCCGCCGGGUCCCCAGCGAGCCAUCGCAACUGGCAGCACUCCCGUUGUCSGACUGCUGGCAAGUCUUCCUCUGUCCCGCUGCCCCCAGGGCUCCUCCCAGGCACGCUCCUGCUUGCKCGAGAAAAAACAUGCUGCUCAAUUUCCUGAGAAAAAGGGGGAUAAAGCCAAAACACAGCCGAGGUUAGCACUCCUGCUUCUCCUUCAUGCUCUCCGACAGGCAAAGCACAUGCAGCAGAUGGUUCUUCUGCGGUCUACGGGGAAAAGAAACCAUUAAAAAACAAGUUUGCCUUUCUCCCUCUCCUCUUUUCUUUUUUCCUUUUAUUUUGUUGUCGGUUUAUUUUGUUUUGUUUUGUUACAGUAAAGCUGCUUAGAGAAGUGAGAACGCUAUGUUUCCCUUACUGGAUUGCUCACUGCCCUGUAAGGCUUGGCAUUUUAGUUAUUCCUUUUAGAGAAUUCCUUUUAGGAAUUUAGUUAUUCYAUGCUUCAAAAUAGUGAAUACCUUAGCCAUCUUUUUUACAAAUUUAACUAAUACCCAAAUAUUCUUCCCUCAUCAGUCCACUCAACAUACAAUUUUGACACCAAGAUAUAACACCGAUUGAAUGUUAAAAAUUUUAAUGCUGAUCAACAUUACAGUUUGGGAACUACAAAUAUUUUGUGUAGCUGUAUUCAUGGAAAGCGAUUCUUAUGAGAAAACAAUUGGUAAUCAAUUAGUUACUGCAUAUUUUUUUUUGCAUUUGGAGACCCUAUUUACUCAGAAGAUACGUGCAAUAAGCUGCUUCUUUUUAAGACAACUUUACGGUUCUCUAAACCAGAUAUUUGGAAACAAUGACAAAUGACUUUGGUUAUAAAUCUGGCUCUUAACACACUUGUUAUUUUCUGUUUUUCCUACGUGAUUUCUAUCAUCUACCCGAUGUUCAUACCACUUAUGUGUGAUGAAAUACUUGYUGUUAUUCAGCAAUAAAACAUAAAAGAGAUU